CCUUGUACAAAACCUGCGAGGGUUGCGUAACGCAGGUGGGGAUUAUCGCUUACCGUACGCCAGAGCUCGAGCCUUGCACCGUAUACGCGCCGCAGCAAGUUGUUCAAGCGGGUUGCUAUGCAGCAAGGGGCCAUCAUGACAGCUUUCUUCGCUAUCGCCUUGCUGUGCACCGCUUCGUUGACGAACGCGAUGUCGACCAUAACGAGGAUCGAUAGUUCCCUCAAUGACAUAGCUCCUUCAAGUGGAAGGGUGCUUCAAGGUGGCAGCUUUGUCAGUGACAGCGCUCUGGAGACCGCUGUGCGCACUAAUGACGGUGGUGUCCCAAUGGGCGGAGGCUUGGUGGGUGAUAUUCUCCUUGCUAGGUUUGGAUCUCCCCACGUGCGCAGACAUGUCUUCACCCAAGUAAGCAGUGACGGCAGAGUGACCCGCACCACCCAAACAACUUCCGUCGGUGGUGGAGCCGGCGUUCCUGGUAGUCCAGGAGGCGCUACCUUACGAAGAACGGAGACAACGUACCAAUCACCCUUUGGUCCGCAGCGCACACAAAGCUUCUUACUCACCUGGGGAGGCCCACUAGGGGCCACGAGCUUGGCAAACUCGACCGCAACGGCUUUCCAGGGCAACUGGCCAGGAAACAGUGGAUUUCACUACACGUUUCAUGGAGGCUACCCUACCAGUGUUUUCAAUUUUUUCCAAAAUAUUUUUCAUCCUUUUCUUGGGCACGGCUACGUGGGGCACCAGAAUGGCGGCUACGGCUCCGGUUACGUCUCUGGCUAUAGUCCUGCCUACCUCUCUGGCUACGGCGCUGGCCACAGCUCUGGUUACGGAUUUGAAAGCAACAAACACUUUGCGUAUCCAGGAUUUGGUGGUUACGCUUACACAGGUUAGCCUCCAGACCAAGUAUCUUGUGGUGACUGGAUUCGGCCGUAACUUUACACCGCCCUCAACGACGCGUACAGCCAGAAAGGAAUUUUGAAGGAAUGGUUUAAUGGACCAUUAUUGUAAUCGAUAUAGUUGGUUUGAUUGUUUAUGGAAUAAAAGAGUGUUAU